AUGUUUCUGCUUAAUGAUCACGAAGUGCUAAUACAGAAAAUGUUCCCCUUGAAGUUGAACAAAGGGCUGGAAACAUCUGAAGUCACUAAUGAUUCAUUUCCUGAGCUCCAAUUUCCAUUGAUAAAAUUCAAGAACCACCAGAAGGGAAUGAAGGAAGCCGAGCUUGGGGCACACACUGUGAGGUCUCAUGGGGUCACAGUAGUGAGGACACACAUGCAUGACUGGUUGAUACUGAUACUACUUGGGGUGAUCUUAGUCAUUCUGAACAUAAUCCAUCCAUUUUAUCGCUUUGUUGGGAAAGAUAUGAUGUCUGAUCUCAAGUAUCCCCUUAAGAGUAACACAGUACCUGUAUGGCUUGUGCCAAUAUAUGCAGCGCUGUUGCCAGUAGCAGUUUUCCUACUCUUCUAUGUUCGCCGAAGAGAUGUCUACGAUCUUCAUCAUGCCAUAUUAGGGAUUCUAUUCUCUAUCUUUAUAACGGGGGUUCUUACUGAUGCAAUUAAGGAUGCAGUUGGUCGCCCUCGGCCAGACUUCUUCUGGCGAUGUUUUCCUGAUGGAAAGGAUGCUUAUGAUCAAUGGGGAAAUGUUGUUUGCCAUGGUGACAAAAGUGUCAUAAGGGAAGGGCAUAAGAGUUUUCCUAGUGGGCAUACUGCAUGGUCUUUUGCGGGUCUGGGCUUCUUAUCACUAUAUCUAUCUGGGAAGCUAAAGGUAUUUGACAGGAAAGGUCAUGUUGCAAAACUCUGUUUAGUUUUGCUUCCUCUACUUGUUGCAUCUCUUGUUGGCAUUUCUCGAGUGGAUGAUUAUUGGCAUCACUGGCAGGACGUAUUCGCUGGAGGUCUACUAGGUCUAGUGGUAGCCACAUUUUGCUAUUUGCAGUUCUUCCCACCUCCGUAUCAUUUGAUGAUAUUGGAGGAGUUGAACUCGAAUGUAAACAAUGUACAGACCUCUGAGGCCAUGGUUGAAAUCCAACAAAAUGAAAGAAACAACAACGCUGUUGUGGGGAUAUCGUUAUCUGGUUGUCGUAGCUUACCAGUUGAAGAUUUAGAAUUUGGAAGGAGGUAG